CUGACUUUUUCUUUCAUUUGUUCUCCUCCUCUUGUCUUUUGACCUCAUAACCUGAUUUCCUUCCUCCAAUCGGUUUACCUGCCUCCACCUCUCCUUCUCACUACUCUCUCUCUCUCUCCUCCCUCUCUCGCUCUCUUUACCUCUCUCUCUACCUCUCUCUAUUUCCAUCUUUGAGCUUUAUCCCUUCAUCCCUUAUCUCCUUCAUCCCCUCCAAUCCUCAUCUGUUCUUCAGCGUGGAGGAAGGGACAGGGAAAGAGAGAGUUUUUCCUCAAGUAAAGCUGCCAGCAGUCUGCCGGUGGGAGAGCGUCCGAGGAGCCAGAGAGCAGGUGUGACUGUGGAGCGUAGAGCAGCUCGAGCCGGAGGGACCAGGAGCUGCACGGCUGCAGGAGAACCACAGGGAGCAGUUUCGCCUUUUUCUUGAUAAGAUCCCCUUGCAAACGUCGCCAUGGCAGCUGAGAAAGCUGAAAUGGAUGCACUGAAAAAGGAGUGCGACGGCCUCCGUGCACAGAUUGAGGCGGCCCGUAAGGCUGUGAACGACAGCACCAUGCCGGGGGCGGCAGGGGGCGCGUCCGCAGUGGGCCGCGUCCAGCUGAAGCUCAGGAAGACACUGAAAGGUCACCUGGCCAAAAUCUAUGCCAUGCACUGGUCAGCUGACUCCAGGCAAAUGGUCAGCGCAUCACAGGACGGCAAACUGCUGGUGUGGGACACCUUCACAGGAAACAAGCUGAUUGCUGUACCUCUAAAGUCUGCCUGGGUGAUGAGCGUCGCCUUCGCCCCCUCUGGUAACCUGGUGGCCAGCGGUGGUCUGGACAACAUCUGCACAGUCUACAACAUCAAGGCUGCCAGCCCCAAGACCCUGAGGGAGCUGGACGCACACACAGGUUACCUGUCCUGCUGCCGUUUCCUCAGCGACACCGAGAUCCUGACGGCCUCCGGAGACACUACCUGCUGUCUGUGGGACCUGGAGACCGGUAAGCAGAAGAUCAUCUACACCAACCACAUUGGAGACUGCAUGUCGCUGGCCCUCUCCCCCGACACCAACACCUUCAUCUCUGGAGCCUGCGACUCUCUGGCCAAGCUGUGGGACCUGAGAUCGGGCGACUGCAAGCAGACCUUCAGCGGACACACCAGCGACAUCAACGCCAUCGCUUUCUUCCCUAGUGGUAACGCCGUGAUCACGGGCUCCGACGACUGCUCCUGCAAGAUGUACGACCUGCGUGCCGACCAGGAGGUGGUCACCUACCAGGACACCAGCUUGAACGCCGGCGUCACGUCUCUGGCUCUGUCCAGCUCGGGCCGCCUUAUCUUCGCCGGCUACGACGACUUCAACUGCCACAUCUGGGACUCGCUGAAGGGAGAGAAAGUUGGUGUGUUGUCCGGCCAUGACAACAGGGUGAGCUGCACUGGCGUCCCCGGCGACGGUAUGGGCGUCUGCACAGGAUCCUGGGACAGCUUCCUCAAACUGUGGAACUGAGGGACACACAGGGAGGAGAAGAAGAAGAAGAAGAAGAAGAUGAUGAGGAGAAGGAGAGGAAGAGGAAAGGGUGGAGAUGGGUAGCAGGAGAGGACAGAGGAGUGAGGCUGAAUGAGAUUUGUCAGCAGAGCUCUGCCGUUUCCCUUCUUUUUCCCUCCCUCCUUCUCUGCUUCUUCCUGGUUCAUGUAUGCAACAAAAUAAAAAAAAAAAAGCUAAUGAGAGGUUGUGAAUGAGUCACGUUGUGUAAAUGGCAUCAGGUAAACCGUGCGCGAUGCAUCCUGCCGUACAUACAGAGAAACGUGGGAGGACGAGUUAAAUACUGUAAAAGACCAAAAAAAUAGCACCUAAAUCAAAAGGAUUACUGAGCAGAAAAGAAGAGCUCCUAUUGAAAAUGUCAAAUAAACACAAAUAGAUUUUGGACUAUAAAAGAAAGAACACGUGAAUAUUGAAAAUAAAAAGAUAGAAUAACAGAUUUAUUUUUUUUGUGAGAUCUCUGACUUGUAAACGAGCCUGCACUUAACUUAGAUAAAAGACUGAUGUGUAAAUUCAUUUGUAUUUUAUAGUUCAUGCAGUUAGAAAGGGGAGUGUGUGUACAGCGUGUUUUCGUUCCUCUAUUUUUUUUCUUUUUUUUUUUCUUUUUUUUUUUUUUUUUUGGCUGCACAUAUCCAGAGUCCACGUGCACGGUCGAGCUGCCGUUUCGGGUCCGUCGCUGCCAACACCCUGCAGGAUGUGAUCUUUUCCGGGGUAGCUGCUGUUGUUCCCUUUUCCCACCGAGAAAAUGUGACAAUUGUACCCAAACAAAUGACGUGAAACACUCUGUAAAGACCUGUGAACUUUAUUUUAUUCCCCUGGGAUCAGUUUCAUUUUGUAGGACUUUUACACUUGUGCAGUUACUCUGUAAAAAGACGACAUGUUUGUUGAAAAUCUUUCUAAUAAACAUAGAAUUCUGCAUU